AUGAGUCUCCGCGACCACCAGCGAGUCAUCUACACUUCCCCCAUCAAAGCCCUCAGCAACCAGAAAUACCGCGAUUUAGAGCAAGAAUUCUCCGACGUCGGCCUGAUGACGGGCGACGUGACGAUCAGCCCGAACGCCUCGGUGUUGGUGAUGACGACCGAGAUUCUGCGCAGCAUGCUGUACAAAGGCAGCGAUAUUCUGCGCGAAGUGGCGUGGGUGAUCUACGACGAGAUCCACUACAUGCGAGACAAAGAGCGAGGCGUGGUGUGGGAGGAAUCGAUCAUUCUCCUCCCCGAUUCAGUCCGUUUUGUGUUUUUGUCGGCCACCAUUCCGAACGCUCGCGACUUCGCUGGGUGGAUCGCGCAGAUCCACAACCAGAAGGUGAACGUCGUGUACACGGAGUACCGCCCCGUUCCUCUGCAGCACUAUCUCUAUCCCACCGGGGGCGACGGGCUGUUUUUGGUGAUCGACGACAAGGGGCAGUUCCGCGAGCAGAACUUCGCGAAGGCGCUGGCAGGGCAGGGACUGAGCACGCUGGAGAGCCAGGUGCUGGAGGACAAGAAGAAGAAGACGAAGAAGCCGACGGAGGAGCUGCAGCGGAUCGUGAGCACGGUGAUGGAGCGGAAUUUGGAUCCGCUGAUCGUGUUCUCGUUCAGUAAGAAGGACUGCGAGACCUACGCGCUGCUGCUUGCCAAGCUGGACUUCACCUCCGCUGAUGAAAAGAAGCUCAUUCAGGAGAUUUAUAAGAACGCGAUUUCGUCGCUGAGCGUGGACGAUCGGAAUCUCCCGCAGGUGAAAAGCGUGCUGCCCUUGCUGACGCGCGGUGUGGGGAUUCAUCACGGCGGUCUGCUGCCGAUUAUCAAGGAAACGAUCGAGAUUCUGUUCCAGGAAGGCCUGCUGAAGAUCCUCUUCGCCACGGAGACGUUCGCUAUGGGCAUCAACAUGCCGGCCAAGACCUGCAUUUUCACGUCGUUGCGGAAGUUCGACGGCGAGACGUACCGAAUGAUCACGCCCGGAGAGUACAUUCAGAUGUCCGGUCGCGCAGGUCGACGAAACAAGGAUAACAAGGGUAUCGUGAUUCAGAUCGUCGAUGAGGCCGGCAAAGCCGAUGAAAUCAAGCAUAUCUUAACCGGCAAGGCCGACCCGCUGUUCAGCUCGUUCCAUUUGGGCUAUAACAUGCUGCUGAAUUUGCUGCGCGUGGAGAACGCCAAUCCGGAGUAUAUGAUCACGCGAUCGUUCUAUCAGUACCAAAACCAGCUCGAUGCUCCCAAAAUCCGAGCUGAAUGCGAGCAGUUGCGCUAUGAGAUCGACUCGAUUUCAAUUGAAAACGAGAAACUGGUUUCUACGGUCGCCAAAAUGCGCGACGCGUGCGAGAAAGUCGAGGAGCAGAUGCGAGCGAUCGCGAUCACUCCCAAAUACGUGCUUCCCUUCCUCCAGAAUGGCCGGCUGGUUCGCAUUCGCGACCGAGCGAAUGAUUUCGGCUGGGGCGUGAUCGUUGGCUUCAGCAAGAACAAGAACUUCGAAGAAGGAUCCGCGACGAGCUCCGUCGAGACGAAAUACAUCGUCGAUGCGAUUCUUUACUGCUCGGAGCGAUCCACGCUGGCUUCCUUAAUCCCGCCAGAAAGCGGAAAAACGCCCACGAUGCAGGUCGUUUCGCUGUAUCUUUCCUGCGUCAUGUCGCUGAGCUCGCUUCGAAUCUUUAUGCCGAAGGAUCUGCGGCCGGUCUCGAAUCGAACCACGGUGGCGAACACGCUUCGCGAGGUUUUAUCGCGAUACAACGGCGCUCCGCCGACUCUGGACCCCUACAAAGACCUCAAAAUCGCAGACGAAACGUUCUCGAAACUCGACGAAACGCGCAAACGAAUCAUGCAGCAACUCGACAAGCUGUCCUUCGAUCCUUCCGAGCCUGCCAAUGCAGAGGCGCUCGCUGCUUUCGCUCGCAAGACCGAACUCACGCGAACGCUCUCGCUCCGCGAGAAGGAUUUAUCGAAUUCUUCGGCGCUGGUUCUCAGCGAGACGCUCGGGAAAAUGAAGCGCGUGCUGCGAAGACUGGGGUACAUCGACGAAAUGGACGUCGUGCAGGCGAAGGGCCGAAUCGCGUGCGAAAUUAACUCUGCGGAUGAGCUUCUUCUGACUGAGCUCAUCUAUGACGGUCUGUUUAUCGAGUUGACGCCGGUGCAGUGCGUGGCGAUCCUGGCUUCGCUGGUGUUUUUAGAGAAAACGGAUGAUGUGAUCAAGCCAAGACCUGAAAUGGCCAAGCCGUACGCGAAGUUGCUGGAAACGGCGAGACGCGUGGCGACGGUGUGCGAGGAGUGCAAGCUGCCGAUCGAUGUGGAGAAGUAUGUGGAGCAGUUCAAGCCGGUGAUGAUGGAAAUCAUGUACGAAUGGGCGAGUGGGGCGAAGUUCGUGGAUAUUUGCAAGAUGACGACGAUCUUUGAGGGAACCAUUACGCGAUGCACGCGACGUUUGGAUGAGCUGAUUCAGGAGGUGCAAGCGGCGGUCAUGGCGAUUGGGGAUAAGGCACAGGCGGAGAAAUUCGAGAUGGGGUCGAAGCUGAUUAAGCGAGAUAUUGUGUUUGCUGCGUCGUUGUAUCUGUAG